AAUUUGUGUGCUGUAAGGUUUCCCAUUUUAAACUGUAAAAUUCCAAAGUGUUAGUAUAUUUACUGGAUUGUGCAACCAUCCUCAUAUUCUAAUUUUAGGUAAUUUUAUCACCCAAAAGAAAACUUGUAUCUGCUGGUAGUCACCUUUCAUUCUGGGCCUCCACCCGCCCUUGAUCUAGGCAAUUUAUUAAUCUGCUUUCUAUCUCUGUAGAUUUGUUUAUCCUGUACAUUUCACUUAAAUGAUAGGAUACUGCCUGUGGGUAUUUGUGAAUCCUGUUAAUGUUUUUAAAGUUCAUUGAUUUCGUGUCACAGAUUAGUACUUCGUUCCUCUUGUUGCAAAUAAUAUUAUGUUGUGAGAUUACUGCAUUGGCUUAUCCAAGUCAGAUGAAGACCUUUAAGUUGUUUCCACUUUCUGACUAUCGUAAAUCAUGCUGCUGUGAAUAUCUGUGUAUUAGUUUUAUGAUGUUUGCUUUCACCUCUCUUGGGUGGGUAGAUACCUAGGAUGGAACUGCUGUAUUUUAUGGUGACUGUAUGUUUACUUUUUUGAGGAUCCACCGGACUGUAUUCCUAAGAGGCUUCACAAUUUUACCUUCCCACCAGCAGUGUGUGAGGUUCCAACUUCCCCACAUCCUCACCAGCACUUGUUUGUCUGUCUUAUAGCCUUCCUAGUGGGUAUGAAGACGUAUCUGCUUCUAGUUUUCAUUCACAUUUCCCUGGUGACUAAUGUCCCAUAUUUUCAGGUGUGUGGUUAGCAAACCCCAGUUGCAGCCCUGGGUGAGGUAGCCUUACCUUCUUUGUAGCUGAUGUAGUUCGAAUAUCUUAUCAUUUUGAUUUUCAGAAUAUAUUUUUAUUAAAAUUCUAAUUGAUAAAGAUAAUUGUUUGCUUUAUAUUUCAGGGGUGGCUAGAGUCAUCCCAUAUUGUCCUAUAAACAUUAAUUAGGUGAUUUUUCUUUGUGUUAAAGUCACCUUUGGCCCUAUUGCCUCUAGAUCCUUCUACAGCUCUUCUUUGUGGAGAGUUUUCCUUGAUUUCUGGGCACAUGAUAUUUUACUUGAGAGGCCCUGUUGGAUUGAAAGAGUCCUCAGGAACCAGACCUCUCUUACCCUGCAGGUGCCCAGGCCCCGGGCCCUGGCCUGCACCUGUGCCCUCGGCGUCCACCUCAUCUUGGCCGGGGGUCGUGCCUCUGCGUCUGUCGGAUACGAGGGGACUGGUCCAGGCUUUUGCAUGAUGUUCCUUCCAGGUGAGAGCUGUUCAGAUGCAGCUGCCCUGGAAGAUCAGUGUCCACAACCUGCUGGCAGUCGACUCCUAAUCUUGGAGCUUCAAGGAAAUAACUUAUGAGCAGGCCAAGUGUCCAUUCCCAUGUCAUCUGAAUGAUUAUUUCAUUUUCAGUAUUUGAUGUACCUCACAAUCUGUUCUUAUCUCAGUAAAAACAGAUCUUUUUAAUCAUGUGUCUAUAAGUCUACAUCUAUUGUUGCUGUUAUACUUUGCUUCAGUUUCCAGCACUCACCAUCCCUGAGGAAACUGCAUUUGAUUGGCUUGUGUGUGGUCAUUUCCCACAAGAGUGUAAGCUCGGGAAUCCUAGGAAUUGAGUCCACUUCCCAAGGGUCGGCCUCGCCAGCCUUCCACACACGGGUGAAGAGGGAGCCUUGCUGACAAAGAACAUGUGGCUGUUUCAGGACUCAGUGGUCUUUGAGGACGUGGCUGUGAACUUCACCCCGGAGGAGUGGGCUUUACUGGACCCGGCUCAGAGGAAGCUCUACAGAGACGUGAUGCUGGAGACCUUCAGAAAUCUGGCCUCCGUGGGUUCUUGCCCUCAAGUGAAAACAAGUAGAUCGAGUGCUCAGUGGGAUAUUGCAGAGCCUGGACUGUGCGGUGAAGAGAAAGUAGUAAGAUUCACAAGAAAUGAUUCCUGGUCUGUUUUGGGAGAAAACUGGGCAUUCCAUAACAUGCGAGAUCUGCAUCUAACUCAGGAGAGGUGUUUGAGGAAUCACUUGGUCCAGAGUCUUUGCGAAGGUAAAGAAGGUCAUCAAUGUCUGGAAACCCUGAACCAGGUUACAGAUCUUACUGUGCAUAAGCGUUAUCAGACUGGAAUUCAGCCCUAUAAGUGCAUUAAGUGUGGAAAAGCCUUCAGGGAUCAUUCUUCCCAGAAGAAUGAGCAAAGAUCUCUCCCUGAACACAAAGCUUAUCCACGUGAAGAAUGUGGACAAGCCUGCAGCUGUGUCUCGUGCCUAAGCCCUCCUGGGGGGACAGACAUUGUAGAGAAACCUGAUAAAUGUCAGGACGCUGGGAGAGCAUCUAAGGGAUGUGUGAGAAGUCACAGUAGCAAGCAGUCUCUAGAGUGUAAGAAGUCUGGAAAAGCUCUCAGUUGGCCAUCAUCUUUUGAGGAACACAAGAGACGUCAUUAUGGACAGAAAAUCCACGUGUGUGAAGUAUGUGGGAAAUCCUUCAGUUAUUAUUGCCAACUUGCACGGCAUGUGAGAACUCACACUGGAGAGAAACCCUAUAAAUGUAAAGAAUGUGGGAAAGCUUUCACGUGCAUCUCACACGUCCGAGAACAUGUGAGAAUGCACACUGGAGAGAAACCCUAUGAAUGUAAGCAGUGUGGCAAAGCUUUCAGUUGGUGCACGUACCUUCGAGAACAUAUGAGAACACACAGUGGAGAAAAGCCCUAUGAGUGUAAGCAGUGCGGCAAAGCCUUCCCGUAUCUCAAAUCCCUGCAAGGACACGUGAGGAUCCACACUGGAGAGAAGCCUUAUGUGUGUAAGGAAUGUGGGAAAUCCUACAGUUGUCCCAAAUACUUUAGAAAACACGUGAAAACCCACAGUGGAGUAAAACCCUAUGAAUGUACAGAAUGUGGGAAGGCAUUCAUUACUUCUUCAUCCCUUCGGGAACAUAUGAAGACACACAGCGAAGAGAAGCCUUAUCAGUGUCAGCAGUGUGGGAAAGCCUUCAGGUAUCCCCGAUCCUUGCAAGGACACAUGAUAACCCACAGUGAAGAGAAGCCAUAUGAAUGUCAGCAUUGUGGGAAAGCCUACAGGUGUCUAAUAUCCCUGCAAAGACACAUGAAGACACACACUGGUGAGAACUUCUGAAUACAAAAGCUGUGGGAAAGCCUUCAUUCUCCCUUAAAACCUUAUGAGUGGAGCAGUCGCAGGAGAGAAACAUUAUGAAUAGAAAGCAUGUGGGGAAACCUUCAUCACUUCACUUAUUUUGUACUUGAAAACUCAGGGUAGGCAAGUUUUUUAAUGGAAAUAAAUACAGUUUUUCCUUUUAAGUGCCUCAUAUCGAAUAGGGAUCCCAGUGUAUGAAUUUCCAGUUGAUGCUGCUGAUCUGAACACUUAAGAUAAUAACUAUUUCUCUAUGUUCCCGUCAGCUUUACGACUUAGGUUUUGUUAUCUUGGACCUUAAAUAAUUAUGCAGUCAUAUAAUACUUGUCUCAAUUCCAUUUACAAUGUAUUUUGAACCCAGAGUGAAAGUCUUCCUAGUUUGUGGUUUUUUUUCAUGUGCGAUGUGGUAUGUGUUUAAAUGAAAAUAUUUUUUAUUUUUACUUUGCCUUGUAUUCCUGCUAUGUGAUCAUGAUAUGAGACCUGUACUGUUGAAAUGUCUUUUCUGGUUCCUGAGCAGGUACUGGAAUGUCCUGACUCUGUAUUUAUGCUCCCCUUAGUCUAUGUUACUGAAAAGUGUGUCUUCUAUGUGUGUUGCUAGUGGAUACCAUAUCAGUGUUCCUCACAGAAAUUAGUAAUUGUGAAAGGUCUUGAAAGACCUCCUCUCUCAUCCAGUUAUGUUUGUAAUUUGGCUUUUUUUCAUUGUCCAUGAUCUUGGGUGGAAAUUGGACACAAAGCAUAGAGUUAAGAAUAGCGACUUGGUGGUGUGAAGAUGAUAGCUCCUGUCCAGAUGACUCUACUGAAUUGUGUUGUCAGCUUGGAUGAGGUGGGAAACUGCAUAUCCAGAGUCCUUCUGUUAGUGGUUUUGAGUUAAUGUUCAUGGGAGGAGGAGGAUGCGUGAGGUUGGAGCAGAAGUGAGGAAGCCAUGACUCUCGGGACUUCUGUAUUACCAGGAGACAGGGAUGCAUGGCAGCCUGGUGGGCCUGAGCUCCAACACUUGUUUUCUGAGUUCUGGCUCUGCCCACGUGGAACAGCCCCAGUCAGACACGUUUGGCAUUUGCAGACAAUGAGAAACAUAGAUAUGGUACAAGGGGACCCUUUGAAUUCACUGUCUUCCUCAUCGUCUCUGAGGGCCAUAGGCAAGUUCCUCUUGGUUCAGAUCUCUGCUCUUCCCAUCGAGUGUCCCACUCUAGUUGGCGUUUCAGUUUGCAAUUCCCAGGUGUUUGAGUGGAAAACCCCAACCUUUUCUCUGGCUCAAGAUCCACAUGGGGACUGUUAGUGGCAGCUCACAGUUCCCCAGCCAUGUGGAGCCCCAAUCCACAGCCCCCAUUUGUUGAGGUCUUUUGGACCAGUUCUUUCCCCAGCCCAGGAUUCCACAGAAGUUUCUGGUGGUGCACACGGGGCUUUCUCUGGGGACGUCUGCAGUAGUCUCUAAGCCCCAGUCCUUGGUUCUGUCCACAGUUCCCUUACAGGGGUCUGCUGGUGGUUGAGUCUGUGGUUCCCUGUGUGUUUUGAAUUUUCCCCCAGCAUCCACAGUGGGACUCGCUGAUGCCAGCUGUGGUUCUCCAUCCAUUAGCAAUCAGUUCACAGUACCCAUCCGUGAGGUCUGCUGGUUUAAUCCUGUUCCAGUCCCUGGUUCUUUGGUUGCGACUGGUGUCCACAAUUCUAUUUCCUUGGUUGCCGUUGGAUGCUGUUAAUGUGCACAUGAGGUAAAGGCUGUCUGCUACAUGGGAAGUUCAGAAGCCAUAGCCAGAAAAGUUUGGCAAGGGAUGCAAACUUAAAUGCUUAAAGCACUUGCUGCCUAACUCAGACAACCCAUGUUAGGUUACAUUGGUUACAAAAUGGAUUAGAUUGACACUAGGUCACCCUCACAGCUCAAGAAGAUGAAUUUUCAUGCAGUGAGGUACAGCGUAAGAUAUCACACAGCUUCCAACUCAGUGUCAUGUCCCUUUUAGGUGUCAGAUUGGCUCAAGAGACCCAAAGCUUAGCUAAAAGUACAAAAACAACACAAUAAGAUCCUUAAAAUCCAAAGAGUCAAGUGUGCCCCCUUCUGGCACACUUGCUUUUCUUUAAUAUCUAAGAACCAUGGUCCCAGAAGCUGUAGAUAUUUAUAAUGCAGAAUCUUACUAAGCUUGUUUUGUUUCCUGAGAAGCUGGCUUGGUAACUGUCAUCUUGGGGACCCCAAAACAGGGCCAGACUGAAAUGUGAGUUGCACCUAACUUAACGGGCUAGGGUCCUAGAAAACUGCUGUCAGCCCCCAGGGAGAUUGCAAUGCUCAUUAGAAAAAAUGCUUUAAUUGGAUAAGAUCAUUUCAGAGAUGCACUUCAGAGUUCUCAAAUGAAACAAACAGAAUAGGAUACUUAUUUAAAUUGGCAUGCAGAAGCUCCCCAAAGGCUUCAAAAUUCCAAAGAUACCUUCAUUGAAAGUUUCCUUUGCAAAAAGGUAAUGAAAAAUGAAUGAUAUAAAAGACAUCAUAAAAGUCCAACAAGUUAACAGCCUCAUAGACACCCUCAUACCUCCCUUGAAAGGAGGAAUCCCUCCCAGAGUCGAUGAGACUCAGAUUUUCUGGUAAACUGCUGUAUUAUUCUCUCAAACAGCCCAGCGGAAACCAAAAUUAAAAUUAAUUUUAAAAUCCUAGCUACAUUCUAGUAACAAUCAUGCCUACACUCUCCAAUUUCUACCCCACUCAGAACCUGCAGAUGGGAUCCUGCAAAAACUGGCUGAUCCGCUAAGGGUGAAAAUUCUUAGAGUCAGCACUCCCGAAUCUCUGCACUGCCUAGUCGAGAGGGGGAGAUAACAUUUCACAUCUCUUCCUUUCCAAAAUCCAGACCAACCGGUUGGUCCUUUCUCUCCCAGGGUUAGAUUUGCAUCCUUGCAUGUCUUGUUUUAUGUCCUAAGAACAUGGCUGGACUUUCCACUUUCCUGGGACAUGCAAGUUGGUGGCGCUUUUUUGGCUCUUUUGUGAGUGAUUGUAGGUAUUGUGAAGAUCAUGUUUUGUACCUCCUUGGGGACACUUCUUAAAUCCAAGAAGUUAUUCAUGUUGCCAAAAAUAUUCACUGCUUCUCCUGGCGGAAACCUGACAUGACCAGUGAAAGGACCUAUUAACUGUAAACCAGAAAUAUGGCCAGAUGAGAAGCUGAUUUGCAGAGACUGAAAGAAAAAAAAUUUUUUUUAGGCCUUUUACCUUAAGUUAAAUGUAUGCACAGGGAAAGGAAAACCUUCCAACGUAGAUGGAUGGGUGGAGCAACCCAUGAUAUCAUUUUUUUUCUUCAUUGUGGUGUAAGGGUUUCUCUUGUUGAGGAGCACAAGCUCUAGGCACGUGGGCUCAGCAGUUGUGGCACAUGGGCUUAGUUGCUCCAGGCAUGUUGGAUCUUCUCAGACCAAGGAUCAAACCCAUGUCCCCUGCAUUAGCAGGCAGAUUCUUAACCACUGUGCCACCAAGGAAGUCCCCAUGAUAUCAUUUAGACUACACCUCAAUUCUCUGAGGAACUGAGAGCCACUGUAUUUCUCUUACAAUCUUUAAAAAAAAAAAAAAAAAAAAAAGAGCAAGCAGUUCUAGAGGCAAUCCAAUGUCCACCUAUUUCUUUUUACCAAUCCCAAAACCUUCCCUGGUUAUCUCAAAAAGUUUUUAAGGUAUUGGUCUUAGGAAGCCAAAGUUGUCCUCAGAGGAAUUUAUAUCUUUUUCCUGUGCCUUUGAGAUAAAAAAAUGUUAACUUCUAAUCUAGGCCAUAUGUUUAAGGUACAAACUUCAGAGAUUUUUUUGUAAUGAGAACUAAAAGGAAGGGGGGAAAGGUUAUUUUAAAGUUAGAAAAGCAAGAAACCCAUAAAGUGUCUUCUAAGGUCUGUUUGGGUCUGUGUGUUUGUGUGUGUCUAUGAAUGUAUAUUAAAGAUACAGUGUUUUUUUAA